CACCUGCCCGCCAAUUAUGGGAACAAACAACCUGCACCCUAUAUAUAGAUUUCUAGAGAGAGAGAUUGUGUGUGUGUGUGUGUAAAUGACACUGGUUAGAGAGAGGAGGCACCAGCCAGCACUAUGGUUGUCCUUACCACCUCCUGUUUCUGCAGCUGACUUCAGCCACCAGACUCCGUUACCGUCAUUACAAUCUUCUACAGGUUUGGAUUCUCCCGGCAUUGGCAAUCUCUCUGUCCUCGAGAAACUGGCGGUUCUUGGCCACGGCAAUGGUGGCACCGUCUAUAAAGUCCGCCACCAGAAAACUUCAUCCUUUUAUGCAUUGAAAGUCCUUCGGUUUGGUGAAGAUGCCGUUACGAUUCGACAACAGGCUGCACGAGAGGUGGAGAUCCUCAAGCGAGUGGAUUCACAGUAUGUUGUGAGGUGCCAUGGGGUUUUCGAGAAUGGGUUUGUGAAUUCAGAUGGUGGAGGUGAUCUCUGCUUUGUGAUGGAGUACAUGGAAGCAGGAUCACUACACGACGUCUUGCGUGUACGCCGGAGAUUACCUGAGAAUGUAAUUUCCGGCGUGGCAAGGUGUGUGUUGGAAGGACUGCACUACUUGCAUGGCAUGCAGAUAGUGCAUAGAGACAUCAAACCAUCAAAUUUGUUGAUUAACGGCAAAGGAGAGACCAAGAUUGCAGAUUUUGGGGUGAGCCGGGUUGGGGCAGGCACGAUAGAGGCACUCGACUCGUAUAUGGGUACGUGUGCGUACAUGAGUCCCGAAAGAUUCGAUCCUGAGAGGUGGAAUGGGGAUUGCUCUGAUGGGUUCGCCGGAGAUGUUUGGUCGCUUGGAGUGGUGGUGUUGGAAUGUCAUGUGGGUCAUUUUCCGUUUAUCAGUCCGGGGCAAAAACCUGAUUGGGCGACCCUAAUGUGUGCAAUCUGCUUCGGGGAGAAGGCGGAGAUGCCGGAGAAGGCUUCCCCGGAGUUUCAGAGUUUUGUUUGGAGGUGUUUGGAGAAGGAUUGGAGGAAGAGAGGAACAGUGGCUGAGCUUCUUGGUCACCCUUUUGUGACUAAAUGUUGCGACAGUACUACAGAAAAGAUGGUUGAUUAUGCUUUGGAUUGUUGAAUUGAACUGUUUUUUCUUUUUUUCACCCCUUAUUUUUUGGUCUCUUUUGAGAACUAAUUAUAUUUUUCAAUGAAGAAAUUAACUACAUAUCAUAUAUAAUAAUAGAUUGUUAUAUGCGAAUUGAAUUUUUUUUCCUGAAAAUUGAAACUAGCACUUCAAAAGUAGCUUCUUACAGUUCAAAAUAUUACCUCAUUUGUGAUAUUGAUAAUUUGUUU